GGCUCAUUUCUCCUCGCAGCUCAGCUGCUGGGUCAGUAGCUGCCCUGAGAGGAGAAGGGGCCGGACCGCGGGGAGCCCGCUGCCGCGGGAGGCACCAGCCGCUGAUGCCCGUCGGGCCAAGCCCCUGACGACAGCCCCAUGGCAUUGCACCUGUACAGCCCCCGCCUGCAGCUGGAUGAGACCCUGGAGCAGAUGCAGCAGGGGACUCUGAUGCGGAAGGUGAAGUCCAAGAGCUGGAAGAAGCAGCGAUACUUCAAGCUGCAGGACGACUGCAUGACCGUCUGGUACAAGUCCAAGAAGACUGGCAACACCAAGUAUACCUUCUCCAUCAGCGACGUGGAGACGGUGCGGGAGGGGCACCAGUCCGAGGUGCUGCAGAGCCUGGCUGAGGAGUUCCCGCCCGAGCACUGCUUCACCGUCGUCUUCCACGGGCGGCGCGGGAACCUGGACCUGAUCGCCGGCUCCCCCGAGGAGGCGCAGUGCUGGGUCCGGGGCCUGCGCCGCCUGGUGGAGAUCGUCACCAAGAUGGACCAGCAGGAGAAGAUGGAUCAGUGGAUCUGCGACUGGUUCCACAAGGCCGAUAAGAACAAGGACGGGCGCAUGAGCUUCAAGGAGGUGCGGCAGCUCCUCCGGAUGAUGAACAUGGACAUGAACGAGGACCACGCGCUGCGGCUCUUCCAGAUGGCUGACGGGUCGGAGUCGGGGACGCUGGAGGGCGAGGAGUUCGUGCUGUUCUACAAGGCGCUGACGCAGCGAGACGACGUGCUGGGCGUCUUCCAGGCGUUCUCCCAGGACGGGAAGAAGCUGACCCUGCUGGAGCUGGUGGAUUUCCUGCAGCAGGAGCAGCUGGAGGGGGAGAACACGCAGGAGUUCGCCAUGGAGCUGAUUGCCAGAUACGAGCCGUCUGAGAGCGCCAGGGCGCGCCACGUGCUGAGCCUCGACGGCUUCCUCCUGUACCUGCGCUCGCCGGAAGGUGCCAUCUUUAACCCCGUUCACGGGCCGCUUUGCCAGGACAUGACACAGCCCCUCUGCCACUAUUUCAUCUCCUCCUCGCACAACACCUACCUGCUGGAGGACCAGCUCCGGGGCCAGAGCAGCGUCGAGGGCUACAUCAGGGCUCUGAAGCGGGGCUGCCGCUGCUUGGAGGUGGACUGCUGGGACGGGCCCAGCGGGGAGCCCGUCGUCUACCACGGCCACACGUUCACCUCCAAGAUCCCCUUCCAGGACGUGGUCAGCACCCUGGGGCAGUACGCCUUCCAGGCGUCCGACUAUCCCGUCAUCCUGUCCCUGGAGAACCACUGCGGCCCGGAGCAGCAGCACCUCAUGGCCCAGCACCUGACGGGCAUCCUGGGAGAGCGGCUGCUCACGGCCCCCCUCGACGCCCGCGACCCCCCGCAGCUGCCUUCGCCGGAGGAGCUGAGAGGAAGGAUCAUUCUGAAGGGGAAGCGGGCAGAGAGCCUGGCGCACUCGCCGAGUGGGCAGCCGGACGAGGCCCCGGAGGGGGAGGCGUCGGAGGAUGAUGAUGGGCUGGAGGCGGAGGAAGAGAGCCUGAGCCAGGAGGCCAAGAGGAAGGCCGAGACGUCCCAGGCCCAGGAGCUGUCCGACUGCAUCGUCUACUGCCACAGCGUCCCCUUCGGCGGCUUCCAGCCGGCGCUCGCCCGCCGCCGGCCCUACGAGACGGCCUCCCUGCCCGAGGCCAAAGCCAGGAAGCUGGUCAAGGAGGCGGGGAACGAGUUUGUCCGUCACACCGCCCGGCAGCUGACGCGGAUCUACCCCAGCGGGCUGAGGACCGACUCCUCCAACUACGACCCGCAGGAGAUGUGGAACGUGGGCUGCCAGCUCGUGGCCCUGAACGUGCAGACGGCCGGGGUGGAGAUGGAUCUGUGCGACGGGCUCUUCCGGCAGAACGCCCGCUGCGGCUACGUGCUGAAGCCGGCUUUCCUGAGGGACGCGGGAACCGCCUUCGACCCCAACGAUCCCCGGAGCGGGGCCGGGGGCGGCCCAUGGAGCCUGGCGAUUCAGGUCAUCAGCGGGCAGCAGCUCCCCAAGGUGGCCGGCAGCAAGGCGAGCGCCAUCGUCGACCCCCUGGUGCGCGUGGAGAUCCACGGUGUCCCCGCCGACCAGGCCAGGCAGGAGACCCAGGCCGUCGAUAACAACGGCUUUAACCCCCGCUGGGGGGAGACGCUGCGAUUCAAGGUGCACGUCCCCGAACUGGCCCUCGUGCGCUUCGUGGUGGAGGACUACGACAAGGCGUCCAGGAACGACUUCGUGGGCCAGUUCACCCUGCCCUUCGCUAGCAUCAAAUCAGGUUAUCGUCACGUCCACCUCCUGUCCAAGGACGGCACGGCCAUCCCGCCUUCCUCGCUCUUCGUUCACGUCCAAAUCACGGAGCUUCCCUCCCCCGAGUAGCAGCCGAGUGGGUCACGCCAGGCCCCUGCACCAGCCGUUAACAGCCCUGUCCCGAGAGCUGCUGGAGCGACCCUGCCCGGCCCCGCCCGCCC